CCCGGUCACUAUGGCAACCUCGACAUCGCUCAGGCGAAGCAGCUGAGCGCAUUCAAGCGCGCUCUCACCAAGACCAGCUUCCUGCCCGACCCGGCCAUGGUCGACGAGGAGCACCAGGACACGAUCCUUCUGCGCUUCCUGCGGGCGCGGGAUUGGAACGUGCAGCAUGCCUUCAAGAUGUACAGUGACACGAUCAAGUGGCGGAAGGACGUCGACCUGCCGAGCAUGAUGCAGGGAAGCUUCGACUUUGAGGAGCGGGACAAGGUCGCUGCAGGAGGUUGGAAGAUGUACUUCCACGGCACUGACAAGUUCCACCGGCCCAUAUUUGUGCAGGAUCUGGCUGGACUCAACACUACCGAAGUCUUUACGCACACGACGCCCGAUCGUGUCAUCAACUUCUUUGCUUGUAUGCUCGAGGAUGCCGUGCAGAGGCGGUACAGGGCAUGCACUUCACGCGUCCGGCGGCUCUGCGUCGACGACAACUUUAUGAUUCUCAACGUGGCAGGCAUCGGCAUGGGUACCUUCUGGGCCUUUAAGGGUCAGCUCCAACAGCUCCUCGGCAUUCUCGACACCAACUUUCCCGAGCUGAGUGGCCGAGUGCAGAUCAUCAAUGCACCUUGGCUCUUUAGCACCAUUUGGAGCUACAUCAAGGGCUGGCUUCCCGUCAACACCGCCGAGAAGAUUGACAUUGUCGGGACAGACUUUAAGGCGAAGCUGCUGGAGUUCAUCGAUGAGGAGCAGUUGCCAUCAAGCAUUGGUGGUUCGUGCCAGUGCGGUGGCAAGGGUUGCGAGUUCUCGGAUAUUGGGCCCUGGCAGGAG